GUCCCCACCCUGCCCACAGACUGUCACCAGAAGAAGAGGAGCCACCCUGCCCCCACCAAGGGACACCUACACAAUGGGAUGAGAUGUGAACUCGCUUCCUUCCCUUUUUUCCAAAGAGCUGCCAACCAGGGGACAGGUGGCCCCAGCAGCGAGUGACAGCCAGUGCCCAUGGCCAGGGACAGCGGGAUGGCCGGGAAGGUGGCGCUGCUCCUGUGGGAGCGUCUUGUGCUGCAGCUGCCAGCACGGGCACUGCUGGAGGGGGACACGGUGACACUGCGCUGCCGGGGCUGGCAGGAUGGCAGGAUCACUGGAGUACGAUUUUACCACGGGGACAAGGAUCUGGGGGGGCCCCUCUGUGGGACCGAGGUGUCCCUGUCACCCCUGCAGCUGCACCACAGUGGCCGCUACCGCUGUGGGGGUUGGGUGAACUCUGGGCCAUCACGGUGGUGGGAGAUGUCAACGUCGGUGACAGUGACAGUGACAGUACAUGUGCCCGUGGCCAAUGCCACCAUCACCCCCGGUCCCCCGGCACUCCAGGUGUGCCCAGGUGACCCCGUGACCCUGCGCUGCUCGGUGCAGUUGUACUCAGCCCCUGUCACCUUCACCUGGCUGCACAACGGGCACCAGGUGGCCCGGGGUCCCCUUCUGGAGCUUGGGGCCGUCCAUGUGGGACAUUCGGGCACCUACCAGUGCGUGGCCACCAACCAGCUGGGACAGGACGGGCACCGCGUGUUCCGGGCACUCAGCCCAGAGCUGGCCCUGGAGGUGACACCACAGGGAACCACUGGACACCGCUGGAACACAGUGCCUGCAGUGGUCACUGGGUCCCUGCUGUUCCUGGUCCUGCCCAUGGGUAUCAUUGUGGCCAUGCAUUGGUGGCACCGCAAGGAUGGGUGA